CUUUGAAUUCCUCCCGCUCUUUUUCAUGUUUUGGCGGGCAAGGAGCCAGGCAUUUAGGUCCCUUCUCGUGCCGCGUUGCUUAGCAAGCACUCUUCCAGCAGGGCGAUGGCGGAUCAAGUGACUGCUCGCGGAGUUUCUCUUUUGCUCAGCGAUUCUCCUGCCACUCCCGUGGUGCUUCAGGUGUUGGAUGUCAAGUCUAUUGCCAACGGCCGCUACACUUGCAUGCUGUCCGAUGGAUCUAUGAAAGCGAAGGCUAUGCUUCCGACCCAUAUGUCGGCGGAGGUAGAGGCAGGGAAGAUCCAACACUUGGGGCUCAUCCGUGUUCUCUCUCAUGCCACCAGCGUGAUUCCAAAUCUGCCAAACAAAGCUCUGAUCGUCACCGAUUGCGAAGUCGUCAGUGGGGCACUGGAUCGUGAGGUUGGUAGUGAAUCAUCAUCUUCCGCACAGAAGACCCAGUGCGAUGAAAAGCCAAAGUUUCUUUCGGCACCAGUUAAGUCGGCCGCUCAGAUCGUUCAAGAGGAGCACGGAAGAGCCGCACCAGCUGCCAGGAUGGGUGUGUCGAGGAGAGUAUACCCCCUGGUGUCUUUAACCCCUUACCAAGGUAGUUGGACAAUCAAGGUGAGAGUUACGAGCAAAGGUCCACUGCGGACGUAUCGCAAUGCCAGAGGCGAGGGAAGCGUCUUCAACGUCGAAUUGACAGACGAAGAUGGAACACAGAUUCAAGCUACCAUGUUCAAGGAGGCGGCUGAAAAGUUUUACCCGAUGUUUGAGCUGGGAAAGGUCUACUACGUUUCGAAUGGAAAUCUCCGCAUGGCUAACAGGCGGUUUUCCGCUGUCAAGAACGACUACGAGAUGACCUUGAAUGCAAGCUCUGGGGUAGAGGAGGUGACUGAGCCUGAUGGAAAGCCUGGUGUGAUUCCUCUGGUUAAGUACAACUUCGUGAAGAUUGAGGACUUGGCGGCGUAUGUUAACAAGAGAGAGCUUUUUGAUGCUAUUGGAAUAGUGCAAUCGGUUUCUUCGACAAUGAGUGUAAGGCGAAAGGUUGACAACACAGAAUUUGCAAAGCGAGAAAUCGUUCUUGUCGACCAAAGUCAAAAAACGGUUGCCGUAAGCCUCUGGAGCAGUCUUGCAGUGGAGGACGGAGCUAAGCUGCUAGAAAUGCUCCCUGAUGCGCCCGUAGUAGUAAUCCGAUCGGUGCGUGCUAAUGACUUUCAAGGUGUAUCUCUGUCGACGUCUCCCAACAGUAUGGUGUGGAUAAAUCCCGACAUUCCCGAGGCCCGAGAACUUCGAUCCUGGUAUGACGAGAGCGGGAAAGAUGCAACCUUGACGUCGGUGGGUGCUGGUUUGAGUCAAAGAGCAGGCCCGACGAACGACAACCGUGCGGAUAUCUCAGACAUCACUGCCCCAUCUGUUGGCGAAGGAAAGGCCGCAUACUUCACUGUCCGCGCUUGCAUCAGCUACAUCAAGCCGGAUCAAACCAUGUGGUACACAGCGUGCAGUACAUGCAAUCGCAAAGUUAGCGAGGACAGCUCUCGAUUCUGGUGCGAGGCCUGUCAGCGGCACUUCGAUACAGCCAGUCGUCGAUACAUAAUGCUGGCCAAGCUAACUGAUCAUAGCGGUGAUGCAUGGGUUUCGUUCUUCAAUGAUCAAGCCGAACAGAUUUUGGGCGUGAGUGCCGACGAGCUAGCCACAAUCAAGUCGCAAGAUGAUGAUCAGAGGCAGUACUCAUCGCAGCUGAGCAAAGUGGUGUGGUCGUCCUACGUUUUCCGUGUCAGCGUUGCUCAGACUGAGUACCUGGGCGAGAAGCGACAGAGGAUCACGAUUCGUGCCGUGAACGAUACCGACUGGGCCAGUGAGUCGAGGCUUUUGUUGGCCAAGAUGAAGCUAGAAAGUUCUUAGUUUCUCAUUAAUCCUUCAGAGCAUCUCUUUGUACAUACCAUAGUUCUGUGAGAAAAUCAAGCCAAAACUACAACUA